GCAUGACGUGUAGCAACCCGUCUCUCCAAUAAAUAAGAGGCUCGCUCGGGUAAAAGGAAAACAUCUUUGCUAUUUUUGGCGAUUCUCACCCAGGCUCUUUGGAACAGCGCACAGCAAGCGCCGACAGGAAGACUUCGGUAUGGAAACGCACAUCAUCUUCUGGAUUGUCGCAUCGCUCUGUGCAGGGUGUUUGGCUGUUCUGGAACUAAACCCCGUCACAGACCCCGUGAUCGGGCUGGUUGGGGGCAGCGUGCUCCUCGAGAUUAAACCCCCGGGACCUCUCGGUGGGAUGAUCUGGAUGUUCGGUCCCGAAGACAUGCCUGUGGUGUCGUGGGCCGGAUCAGAACCAGAGAUAGACCUCGAUUACAAGAACAGGGUUACUCUGAACACGAAAACCGGCUCGCUGCAGCUCAAACCCGUCUCCCUCAACGACUCCGGAGUGUAUACGUUUGAGGGAACAGUGUUUGUGUCGGCAGAGGUGCAGCCAUUCAAGGGGAGUGUCACCGUGAACGUGCACACUCUAAUAGGAACAGUGAUUGUGAACCCCAACCCUGAACAGCCAAUAGAAAACCAGGCUCUAAACCUGACCUGCGAGGUGCUUGGAUCAAAGACUGUUUCCUCAAGGCUCUGGCUGAAGGACGGUCAGCCCUUGUCCGCUAGUGACAGAAUAACAUUGUCUGUGGACAGCAGUGUAGUCUCCUUCAACCCAGUGCUGCAGUCUGAUAAUGGAGAAUAUCAGUGUAAAGCUAAAAACCCUGUAAUUGAAGUAGCGAGCCCUGGAUACAUAUUGGAGGUCAAUUAUGGACCAGAGCAGGCAUCUAUUACAGGACCAGACUCAGCAGCUGAAGGCUCAUCUGUAACAUUCACAUGUUUGGCUCAGUCUCUCCCCCCUUGUAAUUACACCUGGUAUUUCAAUGGAGCAGAGACUGCCCAGGGCUCGCAAUACGAGAUAGAUUUUGUAAGCAAUGCUGAUAGGGGAAGUUACACCUGUGUAGCCUGGAACACAGUGACUGGAAGAAUCACUUCUGCAGUAAAGGAAUUUAAUGUGACUGAAUCGGGUUCUGGUUCUGGAUCAGGAUGUUUGAAAGCAGAGAUUGCGCAGAUUGCUAUCGGCGCGCUUUCAGGGAUCGCUUUGCUGCUCUGUCUUUCUGCAUGAAAACACGUGGUUUUUAAAAUCUCUACUUACUGUUUCACUAACUCAAUAGCUUUUUUUUACUCUUUCUUAAAAUGUUACUCUUUUACACGAUCGUAGAUUUCUUAACCGUUUACAUCCAGCCGAUGAUAUUAGUAAAAGUUUUGAUUUUUCAUUUUUUAUCUUGAUCAAUUUAUAAUACCCAUCACCCACACGGGGAAACACAUGCAGCUUCUCUCCGAAGUGAUGUUUAUGUUCUUCCUUCAGAGUGAUUGGGUUUCAAACAAUCAUGGAAAUGCAAUCCAGCCAUUAAAAAUAAUUACAUAAAGUUACAGCCAGGAUGACUUCAUUGCAAUAAAACUAGCUAGGCAGCUUAACUAGUAAUAUUUAGACAAAUGGUUAUUAUAAUGGUACUUUUGGUGAUUACUGGCAUUUUUAUUUUAAAAUAAAAUCUAAUAUUUCUAUACUUACUCACUAUUAUUAUUUAUCCGACGUUUUUAUCCAAAACGCACAGAGGCUAAGGAGUGUACACUAACAACUGCUGCUGCUGCAGAGUCACUUCCAAUAGGACCUCGUUUGUUUUACGUCUCAUUCGAAGGACGGAGUACAAGGAGGUUCAGUGACUUGCUCAGGGUCGCACACAGUGAGUCAGUGCCUGGGAAGGGAUUUGAACCUCCUGGUAUCAAGUCCUUUUCUUUAACCACUGGACCCCCAAGCCUCCUACUCACACGAUGUGAGAAUGAACGCGCCGCCCGUUCUCAUGUCAUGUCCUGUCAUGUCACACUAGAGCAGAGAAAAAGAACAACAACAUUAUUCAACGAUGUGUCAUGUCCUUGUAGAUACAGGCCCGGGACCCAGCCCCCAGUUCCGAGAGAUAGCAAACAUGCCCCAACAACAGAGGUAGCUUUAGGCUUCGCGCUGCUUCUCAGCCACCCCCCCCCCCCCCCCAUCCCCCCAUCUCAAACUACAGCAUAGCUGUCGUUGUUCCACAGCAAGUUUUCACAUGCAGAACUGUGGAAUGCUAAGGGGGGAUCACGGGUGCCACACGGACCCGUGCUUCAGUUCCUGCCCCAAAAUAACACCUCGACCUGGACUCGCUGCCGCACCUCUUGGGGUCAAUUUAACUAACCGGGACGCCGACGUGUAUACGCAUAUUGUAACCCUUUGCUGGCCAGGGUCCAAUAUAUUUCACAUUGAGAAAAUAGUUAUUUUUUCUUAAUAAAUACUUAUUAAUAAGAGCUUUUAAUUUACAGAUAUGGGAACAUACCCUGGGCAGUAAAGCGUUAACCGUGGCGCUGCUAUCCUCGUUACAACAUUUUAAAAGUACCAAAACUAUGAUAACUGUGUGCGAUUAUUUAAUUCUGACACAUACUGCUAUUCAUUUUAAACUGUAUAACUGCAGAACUGCGGUAAGAGGAAAGCUUCUAAUUUUUAUUUAUUUUUUUAACACAGACAGUGCGUUUCUAUUCUGGUCUAUUGCGUAUAGCACCUAAUGCAACACGCUGAACUGCCACGUUGACUUUCUUUUAAAACAGCAUAUUGUAGGAUUACAAUUUUAAAAUAAUUACACAGGGGAUUGUUCUGCGUAUCUUUAGGACAGCGAGAAGAUGACAAGAUGAAAAUCGCUGUAUCUAGAUGGCACCAGUGAGUCUGAGUCACAUUUGUGGGUUAACCUUUUUUUUUUUGGGAUAAGUUACAAGUCCUUGCAACUGUUUCCCAGAGUUAUUGGGCGUGGCGUGCUUUAUAAAUCACAGAAUGAAUACAGUGCAUCUUUUAUGUUGGGAUCUGCCAGGAUAUUGUGGCAGAGAAACCGUGGAGCCGCGUUUUAAAUGGUAUUUGUCAUACCUAAUUGCGUUCCUGUACAAUUAUUUGCUGUGCUUUUACCACGGUAUUGGAGAGCUUCACUUUUUAACGCCCAUGAUUGAGACGUUUCUGUUUAUUGCCCUGCUACAUCAAUAGAAGUCCGAUACUGUAGAUGGUUUCUGGCUUUUAAGUCUGUAAAUGUUUUCCCCCUUCAUGAAAGUUUAGAUCCGCCCCCCUGGUCUAAUGCUUUUGAAAUGGAAACCUACACUCUAAUGCAUGGGCGGAUCCCGGGGUGGGGAGGGGGGGUCCUGGCCCCCCCUUCAUGAAAGUCCGUAUCCGCCCCCCUGGUCUAAUGGUUUUGAAGUGGAAACCUACAGUCUAGUAAUGGAUGUUUUAUGGGACGUUUCUGUGCGUGGCUCUUUUGAAACGACGCUGGAAAGCGACUUUACUGAUGUCGUUAUAUAGCGUUUUGUCUGUUUGAACUGCAAUCAGUCCCUCAUGCUUGCUUUCUUCUUAGUGACGAUGUGGUUUAUUCUUCUUCUUCUUAUUAUUAUUUAUUUCUUAGCAGACGCCCUUAUCCAGGGCGACUUACAAUCGUAAGCAAAAACAUUUCAAGCGUUACAAUACAAGUAAUACAAUAAGAGCAAGAAAUUCAAUAACUUUUGUUCAAGUAAAGUAUAAGUUUGACAAACCACAAUUCAAUAAUACAGCAGAUAAUAGUGAUCGUUACAUCAGGAUAUGAUUAAAUACAAAGUACUACAGGUUAAAAACUUGGCAGAUUACAGUAUUCUGAAGUACAGGAUUAAAUGCAGUAAAAUAGGGGCUGAUAAGAGCAAAAUAGAGCACAUUUACAUGAAGGGUGAUAGUGUCCCAGGAUACAAACAGAGGAGUUCUACAGGUGCUGUUUGAAGAGGUGAGUCUUAAGGAGGCGCCGGAAUGUGGUCAGGGACUGGGCAGUCCUGACAUCUGUAGGAAGGUCAUUCCACCACUGCGGAGCAAGGGUGGAGAAGGAGCGGGCUUUGGAGGCAGGGGAGCGUAGCGGUGGUAGAGCUAGUCUUCUAGUGCAGGCGGAGCGGAGAGGUCGAGUGGGGGUGUAGGGAGAGAUGAGGGUCUGGAGGUAGCUGGGUGCAGACUGGUCAAGGCAUCUGUAGGCUAGUACAAGAGUCUUGAACUGGAUGCGAGCGGUGAUCGGGAGCCAGUGGAGCGAGCGGAGUAGUGGAGUAGCGUGGGCGAAGCGAGGCAGAGAGAACACCAGGCGGGCAGCAGAGUUCUGGAUGAGCUGGAGCGGACGGGUGGCGGACGCAGGGAGGCCAGCCAGGAGGGAGUUGCAGUAGUCUAGGCGGGAGAGUACCAGGGCCUGGACCAGGAGCUGGGUAGCAUAGUUGGUAAGGAAGGGUCGGAUUCUUUGGAUUAUUCUGUUUCUGAUGUAUCUGUUAAGAAUGUCUUAUUGUAAUAAACUGUAAUAAUUAAAAACA